CUUCUCGACCCUUGGCGACGGAACAUUAAUCGGUUAUCCACAACACGACACAGACACGACGCGUCUUGAACAGAACCAGCGGCAUCUCUCUCUCCUUGAUCUACGCAGGACCCUUCGCGGGCUCACAUUCCUUCAUUUAUACCCAUAUUCACUUGUAAAAGGUCAUACACUCUUUUCAGCUCCCCUGUUCGGUUUCGCGUACGAUUUGCAAGCUUUCGGAGAAUACUGCCCAUUACUGCCAUGUUCAUCCGUGUCAAGGCUACAUUUGCCUUGCUCUCUCUUCUCUCGUCCGCGACUCUCAUCGCUGCAACCACCUGUAAUAUCACCAAUCCUUGUCCUUCGUCCGCGCCAUGCUGCAGUGAAUUUGGAUUCUGCGGAACUGGAAACUUUUGUCUUGGCGGUUGCAACCCAUUCGCAUCUCGUGCCCUCGACUCAUGCAUGCCAGAACCCGUCUGCCAAAAUGCUGAGCACACCUUCCCUGAUCUCUCUCGCAUCCAUUCAAAUGCGACCUAUUUUGGUGGAAACGCAACCGCAUGGGACUGGGUUGUGGACAAGGGCAACAUCAUCAACACGAAUUCGUCUGGCGGAGAACUCGCGUUGCUUCUCACGGAGACCAACGGGGGAACGAGAAUCAGCUCGACCCGUUACGUUCACUACGCAAAAAUCACCGCCAAGCUAAAGACUGGUCGAUGGGGAGGUGUUGUGACGGCUUUCAUCACGAUGUCAGACAUAAAGGAUGAAAUCGACUGGGAGUUCCCCGGUACUGCAACCACCGAAGCACAGACAAACUUCUUCUGGCAAGGUGUUAUUCCUGAGAAGACGGAUGGCACAACCGAAAAGGGACUCACUGAUACUUUUGAAAAUUACCAUGAUUAUACCAUUGACUGGAAGCCCGAUUCGCUCACUUUCCUGAUUGACGACAAGGCUGUCCGAACAGUCCAACGUUCUGAUACCAUCGGUAGCGACGGCGUCAGUCGGUUCCCUAGCACUCCAAGCCGCAUCCAGCUCAGCAUAUGGCCCGCAGGCAUCAGCUCCUCUCCUCCCGGUACUAUUGAAUGGUCCGGAGGCAUGAUCAAUUGGAAUGAUCCUGACUACACAGCAGCUGGUCACUUCCAAACCUUGGUCAAGUCCGUCGCUGUCGUCUGCCAGGAUCCAAGCCCUCCUGCUGCGAACGUCACUUCCUAUGUCUACGGCAUCAACUCGUCUUCUCUGACUCCCGGCAUCUCGUUCUCUGAUCUGACUACUAUCAACGGCGCAUUAGGUGGAAAAGGACUGAAUAGUGCUUGGAUGACAUUUACAGUGGCUGCCGUUGCCGUUUCACUCGGAAGCAUCCUCUCAUACUAAGCUUUUAGCCCGCCAUAUAGGUCGUUACUAUUAUAUAAUGAUAAUCUCCGAACCCCUUUGUUGCUUGAGCUUGUGGGAGCUCUCGCCACUCGUGCAACAUAAUGGGAGUUAAUAUACGUAUUGUAUUUCUAUCCAAUCGAGAACUUAUCUCAUGAGUAAUUGGGUUCGAGCGUUAAACAAAGCGAAGAUGAGGAAUCACAAGGAAGACACCUUUGAAAUAAUCAUACGCCGAUUUGAGGGUGAAGCUUGCCUUCCCAUACGAGCUUAUGCAGAUCUCUCUGAUGUGUAGGGUGAAUUGUUGUGAGCACCUCCAAGCAACCUGACGUGAUCCAUGCAUUGGACAUACAUUUUGUUAAGUGCAGUUCACACAAGGCCAUCCCAUGAAAACAUCAGUUCAAUGCAGCAUAAACGACUCAGACCCGA